AUAAAAAAUGAACGAAUUCCAACAAAAAUGGAAAACGAUGGAGAACAGAUAAAACGGUUCGUGUUUGGUAGUAAAACCCGCAACGGAGCGUCGCACGCUGAUAAAUUGGAAAUACUGAUCCCGGAGCUCCCGCUACCAGGUUACUCAUUCUACACCUGGCCCUCAGCACCUGUACUGGCGUGGUUUCUGUGGGAACGACGGCUUUCUCUGGUCGGUAAACGAAUCCUGGAGAUAGGAGCCGGCACGGCACUACCGGGCAUCUUGGCAGCAAAGUGUGGUGCUCACGUAACACUCAGCGAUUGUAGCACCCUUCCAAAAACACUGGAACACAUCCAGCGGUGCUGCCGGUUAAACAAUCUACUACCGGGACCCGGGAAAGCGAUCGAGGUGAUCGGAUUGACGUGGGGACUGUUUCUUGAUCAAGCGCUACAGCUGGGUCCGAUCGACUUGAUCAUCGGUUCCGACGUGUUCUACGAUCCUUCCGUAUUCGAAGAGAUUCUCGUGACGGUUUCUUUCCUGCUUGAGUCGAACCCAACGGCAAAGUUCCUUUGCACCUAUCAGGAGCGCAGUGCCGACUGGUGUUUGGAGAAUCUGCUGAAAAAGUGGGACCUCGUGUGCUCGGUUAUAAGCUUAGAUAACUUCAGCGAGGAUCUCGGCGUCGAUCCCCAGGAGUUGAUGGGCAAUCAUACCAUCCAUCUGCUAGAAAUCGUCCGACAAUCGUAA